UUUCAUUAGGCCGCGGGAGUGUACGGUACCAUCCCUGGCCCCGGCGUGGGAGGCUUUGACCGGCGGGCAGUGAGAGAGAUGGCAGCGGCGGCGCACGCCUGGAGGAGAAACAUCAGCGAGCAGCUGCGGCACCGGGACCGCCUGCAGCGUCAGGCCUUCGAGGAGCUGAUCCAGGCGUAUAAUAAGCUCCUGGAGAAGUCUGACCUGCAGACUGUCCUAGCUGAGAGGUUUCAGGGGGAGAAAUAUGACCUUUACAACCGACAAGACGUUAGCCCAGGUUCUGAUGGUGCACGUAAUGAGACAGCACAUGAAAUUGCCCAGAUGCGGAUUCACCACCAGGAGGAACUCACGGAACUCCACAAGAAACGAGGAGAGCUUGCCCAAAAUGUGAUUGAACUCAAUAGCCAGUUGCAGCAAAAGGACAAAGAAAUCCAUGCAAAUGAAUCAAAGAUGAUGGAAUAUGAGAAGCAAAUACAACAACUGAGUAACGAUUGCCAGGAGCUGAGAAACAAGCUCCAGGAGCUGGAGCAAGCCAACCAGACUCUGAAGGAUGAAUAUGAUGCCCUCCAGAUCACCUUCACUGCUCUUGAAGAGAAACUGCGGAAAACCUCUGAUGAAAACCGAGAACUAAUCUCACGGUGGAUGGCUGAGAAAGCACAAGAGGCUAAUCGGUUGAAUGCAGAAAAUGAGAAGGAUACUUGGAGACGGCAGGCAAAGCUGAAAAAGGAUCUUGCAGAGGCUGCUAAAGAACCAUUGAAUAUUGAUCCAGAUGAUGAUAUCGAGGUGUUGGGUGAAGAAGGACCUGAUGCAUCUGGAGAAACAUCACCUGUGCGAGGUACACACAGAACCUCCAGAAGGACUUCGCAGACACCUGGUCUCUUGGAUUCUAUCAGUAGUAUCUUUGGAAAACGUUCGCCCACGUUACAUGGGACUGUGACCGAAUGUCCCAGUGUGCGCACAGGUCCAUGCAACGAGAUGCGACUUCCCACUUUGGCACUGCACGUAUUUGAUGCUCAUGAUGGAGAGGUUAACGCAGUCCAGUUCAGCCCAGGAUCUCGAGUGGUGGUGACUGGUGGUACGGACCGGAAGGUUAAACUAUGGGAGAUCUUGUCAGGAAAAUGUGAGUUGAAGGCUUCACUCACUGGCAGCAAUGCCGGCAUUACCAGCCUUGAAUUUGACAGCACAGGAGCAUACCUCCUAGCUGCCUCCAAUGACUUUGCCAGCAGAAUCUGGACGGUCGAUGAUUCUCGGCUGCGGCACACACUGACAGGACACAGUGGGAAAGUGCUGUCUGCAAAAUUUCUUCUGGACAAUGCCCGAGUAGUGUCAGGAAGCCACGAUCGGACGCUCAAGCUGUGGGACUUGAGUCGUAAAAUCUGUACCAAGACAGUCUUUGCUGGUUCGAGCUGCAAUGAUAUUGUUUGCACUGAGCAAUGUGUUAUGAGUGGGCACUUUGACAAGAAGAUUCGUUUCUGGGACAUCAGGACAGAGAGUAUUGUGCGUGAGAUGGAACUGCAGGGUCGUAUCACAGCACUUGAUCUCAAUCCGGAACGCACAGAGCUACUCACCUGCUCCAGAGAUGACUUGUUAAAAAUCAUUGACCUACGUGCGAAUGUUAUCAGACAGUCCUUCAGUGCACAAGGAUUCAAGUGUGGAUCAGAUUGGACGAGGGUAACAUUCAGCCCGGAUGGAAAAUUUGUUGCUGCUGGGUCUUCAGAUGGAAUACUUUACGUGUGGGGUGUUGAAUCUGGGAAGAUAGAAAGAAGUCUGGGAAAGCACCACAGCUCUUCUGUAAAUGCGGUGUCCUGGUCCCCGUCUGGAGAACAUGUGGUUAGUGUGGAUAAAGGAAGCCGUGUGGUACUCUGGUCAGAAGCUUAACCUAAGGUGGCCAGAAGAUAACUGAGAGGUGCUCUUAUACAUGUGCAACUUCCAGCCGCAUGCAGGAGACUGACCUGUGGCAUUCUCCGAGCCACAGCACGCAGUGUGGCAGAGUGAGACUUCUCCCACGUAUUGGUGCCACUGGGAGGGCAUUCAGACAACGACAGUGAGCUUUUGUACAUUUACAAUCAUUUAUGAGAAGCACACUCUCCACCUGCUGGAGUAUCUUGCUUUAGGAAUUAUAUGGAGGGUCUGUGCUGUGUACCAGCUGCUGUGAUUGACUUUGGAGUAUGGAGCCGUCCUACUUGCUGCAGGGCAGCCACCCAAGAUGUCCAGUUGUUUUCUCUGCCAACAGCUUAGGUUUUCUUGCUGCCUUGUCAAGGCGGGAUUUUAUUACCAUUGUGUCUGUUUUACUCCCUUUCCUACUCUAUUUCCCUGACCUGAAUAAGUAUGUUUUUCUUUAUUUCCUUGGAAAGCGUGGCAGAGGCAUAUUCUAAUAGUAUGGAAUGGUUACAGCUGAUGUGUCUUCAAUUAUUUAUGUUCAUUGGUGAAAUAGCUUAAGUGAGGAAUAGAUGCCCUGUGAAGGUGGGGAAAAGUUGUGCUGUUUAGUUUGCUUUUCCUAGAUGGGAAAUCACAUAUGAUAGCAUUCCCCUCAAAAGAGGCAAUUUAAUAUUUCCAACUGGGCAAAUUAGCAUUUCCAUUUGCAUUUGUCUUUUGCAUGCAGGCAGCUCUGGAAAGGCUGCAUUUAUUAUUCAUCCUGAUUGCCCUUCACAUUGCAUGUAGCAUUCCUUGGGGUGAUGAGUAAGGUUCACGAAUCAUUCACUAGUGAUCCCAACUAAGAGAAUAUGCACACCACUGGCACUGGUAACCAAACUACACAAUCUCCCUCUGCUUAUCUUCAGAAAUACACUGACAUGCCUUUCCCUGAUCUGUUUAGUCGCACAUCUCUCUUUAACUGUUGUGUCUUCCUUUCUCACUCCAUUUAAUCUCAUACUAUGUUUUCCAUCAUUUGAUGAAUUGACAAGUGUUUGCACUUAGUGGCACACCAAUUGAUUUUCCUUUUUUUUUAAUGUUCUGUAAGUUGAUCUCGUUCCCUGUUUCAUUUGUACAUGUACAGCGAACCAGCUUCCAGUUUCGCACAUUGGAAUGUGCAUCUCUGGAAUAGUCAGAGUAAUCUCAAGUUUCAAAUGUCUCUUCAGAAGGCUGAAUGCUGACGGCACUGCCAGAGUAAUGCUAACUUUGACUGAUGGUGGAGGACCUUGGGAUGGAUUCUCUGGCAUUUCAGGCAUCAAUUUGGUGCCUUAAAGCUUGCCGCACUGCUCCUGGGCUGAGUAGAGGAAUGACCAACUUGGGCUUCCAGGCCUGAUCAUUGCACUGUGAUUGGUGAACAUGGGCAUUGGAUGGAGUUGGGGGUGUUGCUGAUCCCAUGGAAUGCUAACACUGUUUGUCUAGACAUGUGUAGUCAUAAGUUGAGCAUUAAAUGAUUGGAAAGUGCCUGAUCCUGGCAAGAGUUGGUAUCCUCAGAAGAGAAAGGAAAGAAGCGGAGUUUAGUAUAAAUUAAAUUUAAACGCCAUUUUGACCAUUUCUAAAGCUAAUGCACACUUCGGCCAGAAGCUUCUGAUGAUGUAAACACAAUACAACUUCUUGUGGCUGAAGCUCAGAUCGAAGUUUCUGAUGACUUACAUACUGCCAGUCAGUCCCAUCUCUCAUUACUAACACCUAUGCCAAACACUUUUUAAAAAAAAAAGCAGUAAUUUGCACUACUUUGAGAUAAAUGGUGGUAUCCAUUUAUCAUGACUACAGAUUGUGCUUUGUAGUGAUGCUUAAUGGUGAUCAGAGAUGAAAAGAAAAAGCUGUGGAGACCAGCAGACCCUUUGUUAGUGAGGAAGCUCGUUGGCCACUGUUGACACCUUGACUACAGGACACUAUUGGUGCAGACUAGAAUGUAGCCUGUGCUGAUGUGGGCUUCUGAAAUCUGGGUUCAGAUCCAGUCCCAGCCAGUGAGAUGAAAGGUAGUCAAAUGGGAGUGACACUAGCUGCCCAGUUCCUGUUGGGUGUGAGCUAAGGAUAGAAUAUUACCCACAAAUUGCACUAAAUUGAUAGGUUAAGAACCUGGAAAUUUUAUCACAGUGGAGAUGCUUUUGAGAUAUCAUGCUGUAAGUGGCCUGACUGUUUAUUGGAAAAGUAUAAAGGGAUGUUUAUUCUAGUGCCUGGGGUUUCUGAUCUGGGAUGUUUUGGAUAUUGCAGAGGAGUUUUUAUUCUGUAUCGAACUAGGUUGAAUGUAAUUUUGAAAUGGCUGGGGCAAUAUUGAGGGAGCCAUGUUCUCUCUAAGCAGGGAAUGCUAACUGGAACAGUGGGACUUUGUUCUGUAUCAAGGCCAUUGUAACCUGACUUGAGUCCAGUGCACUGUUUAAAUGCAGAGUAAAUCUUCCUCCGUUAUGGUGUGUUACAUCUUUAGCAUCAAUUAUGUACUCAUCACCCUGUUGGCAGAAUGUUUGUGCUGGGUCCAGUUUUCAGCAAGAACUGAGAUUGCAAGCUCAGUUAACAUGAAUUUGUUUUCAAAAUAAGGACAAACUUGGGAUAAAAAUUCAAUCAGUUUUGCUGAAUUUAAACUCUUGUUAAUAAAGGCUGGGAGCUAAUUGACUGCAUCAUUUGAUCCUCUAUUUCUGGUCUUAGAACUCAGUUAAUCAAAAUAAAAUUUAUAACAUGUGAAAGCAUGUAAGAUUUACCAGAGAAACCCAAACUGCCAGUUCUUUGGUGUUUUCCCAUCCAAUUUGUGUAUGGUAGCUUUGAAGAAGCUGUCCCUCCUGUGGAUGUCAGCCAUGUUGCUCUGUUCCAUAAUGCUUUAAUAAUUCCAUGAUAAUGUUUUAAUCUAGCUUCAGGUCCCGUCUCUACUCCACCACAGACGUAGCAUUUACAGCUUUUGAGGAGCAACCCUGGUGAGAUUGGGUGUUAGGGCUGGGGCAGUGAUCAUUAACACUCUCUGGUAGUUCAAGACUUUGUUCUUUGCCUUCACAGCUGCACACUUCAAACAUCUGCAGCCUUCCAUUACAACUGAUCCACAUGGAAGAGAAUGCUGAGUUUUGUUGUGAGUGCCUGUUGCAUGUACAGCCUGCUGCCUGUGUGACCCACCCACAGUUGGGAAGAGAGCAAACAAGCAUCUCCUGCCAUAGCUGAAUGCACAGAUACAAAGCUUUUCUUGGCUACUACAGUUUUACCAAAUGUGCUAUUCAGAGAUUGCUUGCACUGUGACUGUAGAAGAGUUAAUGCCCCUGUACUGGUUUAGAGAGCAACAAUGGCAGGAUUUGACCUUUUUUCUGUAUGUGUAGUUAAGUGGCAUGUUCUGAUUACCUCGUUUAUAUUGAUGCUUUAAGAGUCCUCUACACAGUCUUAUUUGCACUUUAUAUUUUUUUUUCCUGAAAAACAUGGCAUUGUAACUGCCUAAUUGCCUGGCUGAGAUUCAGUUCACUUGUGUCUGAGUCCCAAUAUCAUCACCAAUUUGCUCUGUAACUCUGCCAGUGCUGCUUUGUAACAAAUGUUGUUUUUAAAAUAAAAUAAGUUGUAAAAAGCAA